CUCGAGUGACACAUCUCGCAAGUUUGGACACAGAUCGUUCCGAGUGUUGCUCACAAGGACUUAGCCAGCACACACAGACAAGAGUGACCAGUGCAUGACGACCGUGACUCUGCUGCAGACUCCCACAACCUCCUCAAGCCCUCUAGGAUCAUGUCGGGCGUCUACGAUGAGUCGGCCAGCCAGGAGGAUGGCACAGACAGCUUCUGGGAGGUGGGGAACUACAAGCGUGCUGUGAAGCGGAUUGAUGACGGCCACAGGCUCUGCAAUGACCUGAUGAACUGUAUACAAGAGCGAGCCAAAAUUGAGAAGGCCUACAGCCAGCAGCUGACCGACUGGUCCAAGAGAUGGAGACAGCUGGUGGAUAAAGGACCCCAGUACGGCAGUGUGGAGAGGGCCUGGGUGGCAGUGAUGACAGAGGCUGAGAAGGUGAGUGAGCUGCACCAGGAUGUGAAGAACAACCUGGUCAACAAUGACUUUGAGAAGGUGAAGAACUGGCAGAAGGACUCCUACCACAAGCAGAUGAUGGGAGGCUUCAAGGAAACCAAAGAGGCAGAGGAGGGCUUCAAGAAGGCCCAGAAACCAUGGGCCAAGAAGCUCAAGGAGCUUGAGACUGCCAAGAAGACGUACCACCUGGCUUGUAAGGAGGAGAAGGUGGCGUCAUUCAGAGAGGCCAACAGCAAGGCAGACGCCUCAGUCACGGCCGACCAGCAGAAGAAGCUCCUGGACAAGGUGGACAGGUGCAAGCAGGAUUCUCAGAAGGCUAAGGAGAAGUAUGAGAAGACUCUGGAUGAGCUGAGGAAGUGUACGCCCCAGUACAUGGAGAACAUGGAGACAGUGUUUGACACGUGUCAGCAGUUUGAGGAUAAGAGACUGAGCUUCCUCAGGGAGGUGCUGUUGGACAUCAAACGACACCUCAACCUCACCGAGAACCAAAGCUACGCCACAGUGUACAGAGACCUGGAGCGCACCAUCACCUCUGCCAGCGCACAGGAGGACCUGAAAUGGUUCAGCAACAACCACGGCCCUGGCAUGCAUAUGAACUGGCCCCAGUUUGAGGAGUACAACCCAGAGAUCACUCACAUGAUCAACAAACGGGAGAAGUCAAAGAAAGGGGCAGACGGUAUCAUGCUGACCAACGUGACAGCGGCUCCGGACUAUGUGGCUGCACCGGCUGGAGACAGGGGCAGUGUGAGCAGCUCUGAUAAGAACCAGGCCUACUCCUCUCAGGACCAGUCGGCAGAGUGGUCAGACGAUGAGCAGGCCGUGCCAAACUCCGGCUCAGACACCAAUGGGGGUGGGGCCAACCCCUUUGAGGAGGAGUCAGCGAAGGGCGUGCGGGUGAGGGCGCUGUACGACUACGACGGGCAGGAACAGGACGAACUCACCUUUAAAGCAGGAGAUGAGCUGACUAAACUAGAAGACGAGGAUGAGCAGGGUUGGUGUAAAGGCCGGUUGGACAGUGGCCAGCUGGGCUUGUAUCCUGCUAAUUACGCGGAGCCCGUCUAGCUGCUUGUGUACGUGGAGGACACUGCCCCAUUGGUUAGUCACCCAGACUGAACCGUCUGAUCAUACUGCACAUUACCAGAGACUUCAAAGCAAUGCUUCCCCAUCCCUCCUCUCUACCUGAGCAACCAACACACAGACUGAGCAGUCUUUAUUUAAACACUCCCCUAGGACCCACAUCAGACAAAGACAGUACCAACACGACCAACACAUAUCAACCACAACACUGGGCUUGGGACCAUGGUCAAACCACGUCAGUAUAUGUGUACCAACAACAAACACCACAACCGACAAGUGCAGGAAAAUAAUUCUGCAUUUUUGUGUAGCUGUGUUCUCUUCCAAUGUUGUGCAGUGGUUAUGAUGACAUUUACAUGGCAGAAAGGACGUUCCCUCAUAACAUAUGAUAUGGUUUAGUCCAUGGUGCUUGCAUAGACAGAAUGAGCUAUGCACUGUGCAUUGUAAAUAUGUGCUGAUGGGUCUGUCAUUCCAUGUAAGGUUCUAAAAGUCUCCCUGUGAAACAGCAGCAGCAGCAGCAUGUGCUACUGUAUGACAUUAAUGACAUUUAGCUGCAGGAUCACUGACAAAUCACUGUUGAGCAGAGCAGAGCACGACCGUACUACGCUGUUGAGCCUUGUUCAGUGUAAUGGCAUAGAACAGUGUUUCUCUACCCUCGUUGUACCAGAGACUGGCAAGCUACGGUUCUCCUCUUUGGGUGACUGUUUAGAUGAAAAGCUUCUCUCAAGAUCAGACGAUGUUGGUGUCAGAUGAGGGACCACUCAGUAACGUCUCAGGGGCCGGUGCCAGACCAUGGACCGAGGGUUGAAGAAACACCUGUAUAGGACAUGUUCUUUCCCUAAAGCAGCAUUGAGUUAAUGUACUUGAAGUACCUCCGAUCAUACCAUGUUGAUCAUGUGCUUGUGAUUUCCUGACCCCACUGCUUUCUGGACUCAUCACGUUAUGUUGUUUUCUUUUGUCUUAAAGUGCAAGCUGUGUUCAUUGAAAAAUAUGCUUUAUUAUUUUGAUUUCUUUUGUCUUUUUUUUCUUUAGCAUGUAUUGGGUUUAGGUAGUGCAUUCCUCAGCCUAUGUGGGCCUCCACAAGGGUUCAGUGCAAUUAUAACAUUGACCCAACUCCACUAAUGGGUUAAACGGUUUGUCAUCAGAAAUGAACUGUCGCCGACCAAAUUACAGGAGACAAAAACAUUUAGGAAUAUGAGAGAAUCCUGGCAAUUCACUGUAUAGAUGACACAGUUAUAGUAACAAACGAACGAGAGCCCCACUGCCCCAUGCGAGAUACUAGAUCCUAUCCAUAGAUAUAAAACACAUGCAUUUUUUUAUGAAUGAAAAUGAGUCACCCUAACUGUAUCCCAGCUCUGUCUCUCUCCACCUUGCUGUUCCUGAUCUAACGGUCAUUGCAUACUCGAUCACAAUAAGCUGUUAAAUACUACUGAAAGUGAACUUUGACCAAAUGAUUCCUUCUUUUUAGUUUAUGUUUUUAUCCUGUCAGUUGAAUCCUUAAUUCUUAACAUCAUUUUAGAAACUGAUGCCAAUGAUUUGUGUCUCUUAACUGGCAAAAUUGAGACUUAUCUAAAUAACGGGGAUAACUUGAAUCUAUACAACACACAAUCCUUAAUCCUUGUCUACUGAACUAGUGAAUCAAAGAGAAUCUGCAGCAGAGAUAAUACCUAGAAAAUGUGUGACACGUGGCCGCCACACAUAUGAAACAGUGUUAACCCUUUAAACACCAGGGAUGUACUCUUAAUGACAAUGACACGGGGAGAGAAAGCUACAGUACAAAGUACACUGUUAAAGAAAGGCAGAAAGUCUCAAAUAUUGAUGAGGAAACUGUAUUUUCUGCUGCUAGAAGUUCAUUUUGGAGAUCUGGGAUAUAGCUACCGGAGGACAUUUUGGGACUACACUUCCGAUAGUGGGAUAAAACAUGUUAACCAUCAGCUCUCCAAACGAAACCCAAGCCUCGCUAAAUCAGUAAAUGCUUCACCUGAGCCACACCACCCAUACCCACAACACACACACACACUAACAGAGAGAGAAAGAGAGCAUGUGCACACAGACACUGGCUCAGUGCAUCUGGAAAGACCCGGUUCAAUUACCACCAUGAAAAGACACAACUAGUGUACAUGCUGUUUUAAACUAUUAUAGACUCCUUUAGCCAGUUCAACACACCAAUAAAGUGCAGAUAGUACACUAUUGACCCAGCAAACACAACGCAUUGUAUCUAAAUCAGAAUGAGAUUGUUUACAAUACUGUUGUACACAUGUCAUCUAAUUUGUAUAUGAAUAUGAUGUAAAGUCCAGUAAUUUACAUCAUGCCUAUGGCGUUCACACAGAAGUUCACGUGAAGCCGUGAAAGGAUGGUGAAUAUGUAAAGAUGUUUUACCCUUUUAUUUGACCUUGUUUCACACACAGUAUGUAGGGGAACCAGUGGUUGUUGGAAAGCCCUAGUGGUCUAGAAGCCUGUCUGUUUGGAAUAAUAGUUCUGUACUCUUCAAACUGUAGUGCCUGUUCAUCUGCAUACAACAAAAUAAAAGGCU